GUUUUAUUUUAUUUUAUAAAAGGGUAUUUUAAUCUAGAAACAUAGCAAAUGUCAAGGGUCAAAUAAGAAUAAAGAAAAGAGAGAGACUUCGAGGAAAAUCAUCGGAUGCUUGAAUUUUUUUAGCUGACUGGUAAAAUGAUUUUGAUCGGGUGAAUUACCGGUUAUAACCGGUAACCUCUAACCGGUCUUCUACUAUAAGAGGAGCACAUAAACACAAGUCGUCUCCUCACUUCCUCAUCCUCCUCAUCAAAGGGUUUCUUCUCUCUCUCCUCCGUCUCUGUUGUCGUCUCUGCAGAUACACUCGCCGGAGUUUUUAAUACCUGCAGAGCUCAGAUUUUCUCGAGGAUCCCCAUUUUUCCGUCGGAUCAGACAUCAGAGAGAUGGCGUCUAGAAAUUCCUUUGCCGGCUUCGCGAUAUUCACCUUUGUUUUCGCCGUCAUCUCGUCUCUCGCCGGCGCUCAAUCGCUAGCUCCUGCUCCUGCUCCGACCAGUGAUGGUACAUCGAUAGAUCAAGGGAUUGCGUAUUUGCUAAUGGUGGUGGCGCUUGUCCUCACUUACCUAAUCCAUCCUCUGGAUGCAUCUUCUUCCUACAGCUUCUUCUGAUUUCUCUUCCAUCAUCAACUUCUAGUUUCAGUUUGCCUUUUUUUGUGGAUAAAUUCAGGAGUCUUGCUAUUAAUUUGCUCAUGAUUUGUGCCUUGUCUCGAUCAUGAUUUCGAAUUUCUGGAGAUUGAUCUCUGUUGUCACCCAUUCUUGUUCAUUCUCUUCCAUAUUUAUUUAAUUUAUUCAUCUAUUAAAUAAUGAAUAUAGCUUCAAAUGAAUUGCCAC